AGGGUAUUUCUACGGAAAUACAUGUCUGACUUUGCUGAGCUGUCAAAACGGCAGAUCAACAUGUCAGUUCAGAUAGCCGGAAAAGAAUUAAACAUUCUGUUUGAUUGUUUAGUGAGUUAUCUCACGUUUGUGUUAAAGUACACAGGAUUUGAUGAGAACUCUCUGUAUUUACUCGAACAAGUAGAUAUGAGACUAUAUCAGCAAAGAUAUCCGGACCAGUUUGUUGAAGUAGUGGACCUGAUUACUGAACUGUCGGAAGGAUCUGAGAGUGGUAAAGUGAAAGAGUUGGUAGAAAAGGUGGUCAAGUUGAGGAGUGAAGGUGUAGCUGGUGGUUCUGAUGAGGUGCUAGAAGACAGUCAAUGUAGAGGAGAUUCAGAAGAAAGUGAUGAUGAAGAUGUACAGGAGGGUUGUAGACACGUUGCUAUUCAAACUGAUGAGGUUAAAACAGGUCAGAUUGCUGUACAAACUGAUGAGGUUAAAACAGAUUGCAUUGCCAUAGAAACUGAUGAGAUUAAAACAGGUUGGAUACAGCCUGUAAGUCGCACAUUGUACCCCCUGUUACCAGACGAACCAGUACAGGUCAUAACAACAGAUAAUGAGUUACAGGAAUAUAUUGAUGUGUGGUAUACUCUACAUGUAGAGGGUAGUACUGAUGAGAUGUGGAUUAGUAUGAGAUGUGAGAAUGAAGACACCAAUCAGUGGAGUUAUCAGAUUAGGGGGUGUACUGUAGAAAGUUGGAAUACACAGUUCCUAAACAGUGUUCCACCUGACAAAGUAAGACACUGGAUUAUAACUAAAACUUGUACCCACCUAAAGGUGGUGUGUAACAAUGUGACAGUACUCAGCUUUAACUUUGCUACUGACUACUCACCAGGUAAUGAGACUAGUCACCAGAUUUGGUUGAAAAACUGCAGUAAUUUGAAUUUCUAUAGCUGUUACAAGAUGACUAAUAUUAUUUUAAGAACUGUAAGUUAAUGUAAUAAAAUCUGAACAACCUUAUAAACUGAUCGGUAAUAUUUCAUAAUUUUGUUACGAUUUAAAGUAUGUACUCAGACUACUUACGUAUUGUAUACUUACAUAUUAUGUUAUAUUAUGUGUACUUAUACAGUUAGUUUAUUUAAAGUCUGUUUUAAUUAAUUUAGGUUUAAAUAGAAUUUCCUUAUUUCUAAUUAAUAAAUUCUGAGACCUCAUCGUCUAGUUUACCGAAAAUGAGUGAACUUUGAUUUUUGGAGGAGUUUUGGA